AUGCCCACCGACACGCGCCCCAGUCUUAAACAGCGGCCAGGCUCGAGCAGCCGGGGAUCUAAUCGCUUAGUUGUCUCGAUAGGCGAAGCAGACCUGAAUGGCGACAGAAUCGGCCAUACCUGCGUGCUCUGGUAUGGAUAUGAUGUUCAGCAGAGUCGACCCACCGAGAAAGCGGCACCAAAACCGACAUGGAAUGAGGAUUUCAGGUUUCGGGUGCAUAAUUCACCCAUGUGCCACCACUUGAGAGUUUCUGUAUGGGGGGUUCAAAUGCUGGAGCUCUUUGGCGAGAUGCACGCGAAGACGAAGAACAGCAAAGUCUGGCGACCGAAAUGUCAGCGGCAGAGCGGCAGGAGCAGCGGCGCAAGUUAG